UUUAACAGGUUAAUAGUUAGCCUGAGUUAACUAUCCUCUCUCACAUGACAUGCACUCACUCUCUCUUUUAUAUUUGUUUUUGACAUCAUUGACAUUGGCAAGCAACUCUGGCUCUAAAUUGUUUGCUUAUGUCCCCCUGCGGUGUGUAUUAUAAAGGUUUGGAUGAGAGAGGAGAAGUUUUAUUCAGUUGAAGAUUUCAGGAUGAGAGAGCUGGUGAUAUUAGCAGUGUUGGUCUCGACUCUACACGUGGCCAGCCUCCAUAAAAAGACUUAUGCCAUGUACAAGUGCCAGGAAAAUCAGGACAGACAUGCUGUGUUAUCUGCCGAGCAGUUCAUUAAUGAACAUCACCGCCAUGGAUACAAAUUCAGAUUUGUCUCGCUGGACAGUCGCACUGUAGAGAAGACGAUGGAUCCUUGUGAGGUUAUCUUGGGAAUUACCUUAGAGGAAACUGAGUGCCACAUUUCCAGUCCCACACCUUUAAAACAGUGUACGACUAGAGGCGAAGCGCUGACUACAGUGACUGCAAAAUGUAACGUGACUGUCUCCAGCAUUAAGGGAAAAGCAACCGUGAUGCGCUACAUCUGUGACACUGAAGCAGCUUCACAUGAAACACUCGUGAGAAAAUGCCCUAUCUGUCCCAAACUACUGCCCUUGCAUGAUCCGAAGGGUCUGAAGAGUGUGCAAACUGCUCUGCAGAAAUUCAACAAGGAAUCCAGUCAUGCAUCUUACUUUAAACUGCUGGAAGUGGGAAGGAUCAGCACACAGGUGACGUCUUUCAAACUCUGAUGAAGCUUCAAUAUUUUAUGCAAGUACAUGAAUACAAAUGGAAAACUGAAAUUUCACAAUUAUGAUCGUCAU